AUGCCCCACGAAGGACUGAAAGUCAUCAUUGUAGGCGGAGGUCUGGCCGGCUUGACUGCUGCUAUAACUCUCCGCCAGAAUGGCCACUUUGUCAAAGUGUUUGAGCAGUCUCGUUUUGCCAAUGAGGUCGGUGCUGCUAUUCAUAUGACACCAAAUGCGACCGGAGUUCUUACCCAGCUCGGAGUCGAUCCAGCGAAAAGCGGCGCCGUGCUGCUCCAUCAGUGGUAUUCUGCCUCUGAAGAGACAGUCAUGUAUCCGACAUCCAACAACAUUCUUCUCAACUUUGUCUGCAUCCACUCAGCGGCAAAAUCAGAAACACUUGCAGACGACGAUUCCGCUGCGGGGUCCCAAGUGAAAGUUGCUGGAGGUAUUCGAAGAGUUUCACCCGUCGCUCUCCGCGCUCUUUUGGCCAAGGUCGAUCCGGAUGAGCUGAAACUGUCACCCGCUCUUCGACAUGCAAGCCCUCCCGACUUAUGUGUCUUCCUUGAACGGGGAUUGGCGGCUUCCGAGGUCCCUGAACGACUCCGGCUAUACAACCAAGCUCGAUAUGGGCGUUCCUCAAAGAUCCAAGACCUCAGUCGAGUUGUCGGGGGAGACAAGGUGGCAAAAAUAACGAAACAGACGAACAAAGUUGUCAGUAAAAAAGCUACAUCGACUAUGGGGUUCAGCCACGACGAAAUACAUUUCUCGACACAACUCCCCCGAGAGUACAAAUGGGGUCAACAGCCUCUCCAAUAUCGACAGCCAACAGUCUUUGGGCCAUCACCCGGUCCACGACAAGAUCACCGAGGAAACACGUUUCACCGACUCUUUACCUCAUUCCAUGACGACAAAAACGUAUCAUACAGUUCAAGACCAGUGCGACUUUGCUGCGGAACAUGUUCCCUAAUUCAAGAUACUCCUUUCUCAAAACUCGACACAGUAACCGUCGCCUCCUUCUCUGUCGAACCGCUAUCCAAUAUGGCUUGGCUGGGUGGGGGUGGGGUUGGGUACAACCUCCUCGGCUUUUACAUCCAUGAUGUCUGUGUCGAGCAUCAGAAAGGGGUACAAAGAAAAGGGACAAACUGCCCCGUUAUGCUUGAAAACUUGACAGAUCCCAUCAUUACCGGAAGGGAGGAACUUGGUAUAUCGAAACUUUACUCUGAAAUUGACAUUGAAGAGAGCGACAACACGUGCUCUGUGAAAAUCAGUUGGCGAGGAAACGCGUAUAUGCAGCUGUCAUGGCAACAAUUAACACCAAAGGUCCGAGAAAGUCUGACGGAGCACGAGUCUGAGGGGUCUAUUGUCGGCAGGGCGAGCUGCGAAAGCGAUGUCCUCUUAGCAAACGACACCCGCGCCUCGCACAUCGAUGCGCGGCGUGAGACCCUACCGCAUAAUGCCACUUUCAAGUUCCAGGAUUAUGGCGCAGAAAGUCUACCCACACUACACCAUAUUGUUUCUCGGCUUGCCGAGCUCCCUGUGUUUGAGGUCGUUGGGGGGACUAUAACAGAAUUCCAAGGUGUGACAGACUUUUCUCGCAUAGAAAUAUUGAAUAACUCUUAGCUUCACUGUACGCAAUGCCUUUUUAAGAAAAGAAGGAAAGAAAAAAAAAAGAGCACAGAUAAAUUCCGCAAGUCACGCCCGGGCGGUCUUUUUGGAUACUCAUUACGGGAGGAUGGCUACUUGUUACAUGGUCCCUAAAACAAACCUCCAUUGUUUUAAGCACAUCUUAACCAUGAGAUUAACUAUAAUACCUAUGUAUUCCCAUCCUGCUCUCAGAUGUUACGAAAUUCCCACCACUGCAAUAGAAGCAAUAAACGAAAAACUCUCAUGGCACCAGAUCAAAUUCAUUCCUGCGUCCAUGCUGUCCUGGG